CACUACAAGAAAAAGGAGCAUUAGGGGCGCUAUCUUUAGGGGCGACAUAUAAAAAGUCACCCCUAAAGGGCCUAUCCGUGUUUCAGCCUUGUACAAUGAGUUCUGGCCGUCGAUCAGACAACACUUCCACGUUUCCUCCUCCAAACCCUACCUGCCACCCACCAGCCAGAAUGUCGGCUCUUGUUGCAUCAAAUUCUCAGCCUUUUGAAGCAACGUGAUGUUCAAAUCGCAAGGUUUCUGUGUGGUUUAUGUAGUUUAGAAGCACCACCAAGGCCUUAAUUUGUGCUGUUGAUUUGUGUGAGUAGCGAAUUGCAGAGUUAAUAGUCAACAAAGCAGUUGUGCUUAAUAGUAUGGAAGCACAAGGCCUUAAUAACUGACACGAAAACCCCUAACAAGGCCAUAAUUUCUGCUGCUGAUUUGUGUGAGUAGCAAAUUGCGGAGUUAAUCAUCAACAAAGUGGUUGCGCUUAAUAGUUGCAUGAUCAUGUCUGUCGAUAAAAGCUGGCUUGAAAAUCCAAAUCGUAGAUCAACCGAGUACUUGGAAGGACUUAACUCUUUUAUCAAUAGAUGUAAAGAACAUACAGAUAGCAGAGGCUAUGUAAGAUGUGCGUGUGCAAAAUGUGAGAAUACUCUUGUAAUACCCUUCACAACGAUGAAACAUCAUAUGAAUGUAUGGGGCAUCUGCCGGGAUUACAAGGAGUGGACCUAUCACGGUGAAAGUUUAAUUCCUGAGGUUGAAGUUGUAGAUGAUGUUGCACCGACAAACGAUACGGAUAUGGCUGCCGUUAUCGAAGACGUUAUGUAUGAGCGUAUGGAAGAGGACACAGACCUCAACGAAGGGGACUUAGGUACAGAGAGUAGUAGCGUCCAUGAUGAAUUUGAAUGCCUGUUAAAGGAAGCCGAAUCAGAAUUAUAUCCUGGUUGUACCAAGUUUUCUUCCCUUGACUUUAUAACAAAGUUUAUGCAUAUCAAGGUGAGGCACAAAUUGACUAAUAGUUGCUUUGAUGAAAUCCUCGAGUUGUUGCAAGCUUCACAUCCUGAAGGCAACAAGGUUCCUCCUUCCCAUUAUGUAGCCAAAAAGACAUUAAAGAAGCUUGGUUUGGGGUAUGAGUCGAUACAUGUGUGCAAAAAUGAUUGUGCUCUCUUUUGGGCAGAACACCAUUUGUUGCAGAAUUGUCCUGUUUGUAAUGAGAGUCGAUGGGUUGAUCCCGACACACAUGGCAAGAAGGUACCUCAUAAGAAAUUACGAUACUUUCCUUUGACCCCACGACUACGACGUUUGUACGGUUCAAGGCACACUGCAAAAGAUAUGAUAUGGCACCAUACAGGACGAUCAGAAGAUGGUACGAUGCGUCAUCCUGUUGAUGGAACUUCAUGGAAAGAAUUUGAUAUUAAGUACCCUAACUUCUCGAGGGAACCCCGAAAUGUUCGUCUAGGUCUUGCAGCUGAUGGUUUCAAUCCCUUUGGUAACAUGAGUUCGGCUCAUAGCACGUGGCCAGUAAUACUAACCACAUACAAUCUGCCUCCAUGGCUAUGCAUGAAAGAGUCCUCAUUCAUGUUGUCCUUGGUGAUUCCUGGCCCCAAAUCACCCGGGAAGGACAUGGACGUCUUCCUUAGGCCGUUGGUGGACGAGCUUAAGCAUUUGUGGCAGUCGGGCGUACGUACUAAAGACGCUGCGACUAACACAUUCUUUACAAUGAAAGCGAUGUUGCUAUGGACCAUAAAUGACUUUCCAGCUCGUAGUAGUCUAUCGGGUUGGAGCGGACAGGGUUACAAAGCAUGUCCGACUUGCAACGAAGACACUCCUUCAGUACGUGUAACAAAUAAAGUCGUGUAUGUUGGUCAUCGUCGAUUCUUAGAUUUCGACCAUCCAUGGAGAACCAAUUUAGAAUUUAACGGGGAACCCGAUACAAGAGCCCCUCCGAAACAAUUUAGUUCUGCUGACAUAGAAGCUCAACUUGAUCGUUUACUUCAUCGUUUACCGGGCAAACAUCCUGAUUUUGGAGGUGGUACGAGAAAGCGGGAGAACUUUGAGUUGAACUGGUCGAAACGAAGUAUAUUCUAUGAACUUGAGUAUUGGUCAUCUCUGCAGUUAAAGCACAACUUAGAUGUAAUGCAUAUUGAGAAAAAUGUGUGCGACAGUUUGCUUGGUACGCUUUUAAUGAAUGAUAAGUCUAAAGACACGCCAAAUGCACGGGUCGACUUGGAAAAGCUAAAUAUUCGAAAGUCGCAAUGGUUGAAAAAAAAAGGAGAGAAGUGCUAUAGUCCCCACCCAAAAUACUCAUUCAAGGUCAGUGAUCGAAAGCUUUUUUGUCAAUUUAUAAAAGAUGUUAAACUGCCAGAUGGGUUCGGAUCUAAUAUCAGCAAAAGAGUAACUGAUAACAAUAGUAACAUUACUGGGUUGAAAUCCCAUGACUGUCAUAUUCUCAUGCAACGUUUGAUACCGAUUGGGGUUAGAGAAUUUUUGACUAAAGAUACCUAUACACCAAUAGUAGACCUUUGUAUGUUCUUUAAGCAACUUUGCUCAAGAACACUAUUGGUUGAGGAUAUGAAAAAAGCAAAGGAUGCCAUUCUUAUGAUAUUGUGCAAGUUAGAGUUGAUCUAUCCGCCAGCGUUUUUUGACAUUAUGGUUCAUUUAGUUGUGCACUUACCAGAUGAAGCAAUUCGUGGGGGUCCGGUAUGUAUGAGAUGGAUGUAUCCGUUUGAAAGGUAUAUGAAAAAGCUAAAAAACUAUGUCGCGAACAAGACACACCCAGAAGGCUGUAUAGCUGAAGGUUAUGUUGUUGAAGAAGCUCUAUCAUUUUGUUCGAUGUACCUUCGAGAUGUUCAAACAAAGUUCAAUCGCCCGGAUAGAAACGAGGAUGUUGUUGUCGAAAAAAGAAAGAUGUGGGUGUUUGAGUCUAAAUGUCGUCCGGCUAGUGCAACAAAGAUCAAAUUUCUUUCUCCAAUCGAAAAACUCAAUUUAGAAUGGUUUGUUCUUGAUAACUGUCAAGAAGUCAGGGAAUAUGUGAAUGAAUUUAAAUCUAAACAUCCCCUAGAAGACGUUAAAACCAAAUUUCAUAAGUGGUUUCUCGAGAAGGUGUAUUCCAUGAAAAUACAAAAUUCUUCAGAAUUCCACUCAGAGCUAUAUGCUCUUUCAAUGGGUGCGGAUGUAGAGGCCGCUACUUACACUGCUUGCAUAGUCAACGGUGUUAGGUUUAUGGUACUUCUUCGUGACAAACGACGCACAACGCAAAACUCUGGGGUUUCAACACAGGGAGAGCAUGGUGAGAAAUAUUACGGGUUAGUAGAAGAGAUUAUUGAGUUGUUUUAUGCAAAUGGGUAUUCAACUGUCCUAUUUCGAUGCAAGUGGUUUGAUACUCGCAUGGGCGUCACAUAUGACAAUAAUAUUACCAGUAUCAACACAGAACACGAAUGGUGCAAAGAGGAUCAACUCAUAUUUGCUUCGCAAGCGAAACAAGUCUUCUACGUCCGAGAACCUUCUCGAGGAAACCAAAUCAAUAACCAUCGGUGGGUAGUCGAGGAUGUUAAUCAUCGAAAAAUUUGGGAUCUACCUGCACUAAACGAUGGUCAUGUUGAGAAUGUCCAAAAUGUUAACAAUGACCUAGCUGAAGAUCUUGACGUCGUUCACAACAACUCUUCAUCUAAUAGUGUACUUUUCAUCGACUUUCGCCAAUACUUUCAGAACAUGUCUGCUCAUGUCACCGAGGGCGAGUCUGCAAUUGAAGUUAACCCGCCAACGGUUAUCGAUGAUGAAGUGUCUGAAGUCGAGACAGAUUAUGACGAGCCUGAUCCUGAUUAUCUCACGGAGGGGUCUGAUGAGUCAGACACUUCCGAGGGAAAGUUUGAUUAAAAGACGAGUUGUAAUUUCUAUAUAUGUCUGAUUAUAAGAAACCUUGGGUGUACUUCCAUGUUGCUAGAAAACCUCAUUCAUAUAUGUAUGAGUUAAUUACAUAAAUAGUCCCUGUGGUUUUAGGUAACUUUUAGUUUUGUACCAAGUUUAGGUGUUAAAACUAACAGACGUUAAAUUUUAUGUUAAAUUUUGCACA